UGCUUUGCAGAUUUCCACCUUUCCUGACGGAAAAGGAGGGGCUGACCGCUCAGCCCUGCUGCAGAGCAAGUGGUGACGGGGAGGGACACCCCUCUCCUAAUGCGGCGGACGUGUUUCUCUUUGCAGGUGGUGGUGCUCCUGGAAUUCCUGAGCUGGGGUUGGCUGGAAGAUGACCGAAUAUAAGCUGGUGGUGGUGGGAGCUGGUGGUGUCGGGAAGAGUGCUUUGACAAUACAGCUCAUUCAGAACCAUUUUGUUGAUGAGUAUGACCCCACGAUAGAGGAUUCCUACAGAAAGCAAGUCGUCAUUGAUGGAGAGACAUGCUUGUUAGACAUCUUGGAUACUGCAGGGCAAGAGGAGUACAGUGCCAUGAGAGACCAGUACAUGAGAACGGGGGAAGGAUUCCUCUGCGUCUUCGCCAUCAACAACACCAAGUCCUUUGAAGAUAUUCACCAGUACAGGGAGCAGAUCAAGAGGGUGAAAGACUCAGACGAUGUUCCCAUGGUGCUGGUGGGAAAUAAAUGUGACCUACCAGCCCGGACAGUGGAGACCCGGCAAGCGCAGGACCUGGCCCGGAGUUAUGGGAUCCCCUACAUAGAAACAUCUGCCAAAACCAGACAGGGCGUUGAAGAUGCCUUCUACACCUUGGUGCGGGAGAUCCGUCAGCACAAGCUGCGCAAGCUGAAUCCCCCGGAUGAGAGUGGCCCCGGCUGCAUGAACUGUAAAUGUGUGAUAUCGUGACUAUGCCGACUGGAUGGUGUCUUGGAGAGGUUCCACUGUGCAGAGCGCAAGGAAAGGGGUGAAGCGAAGGAAGAAGCAAACGGAUUCAGGGGAGGAGUAUAGGGGGAGGGGGAGAGGAGGAGGAGGAGGAAGAGGACGGGGGGAGCAUGAGCCCCUCCAAGGACUAUCUCGCACUUCACCCAAGCCUGCGGCAAACAACUUUUUUCUUUUUUUUUUCUUUUUUUUUUUUUUUUUUUUCUUUCCCCAUCCCCUCCUCCUUUGGCCUCCUCCCACCCCGGCAACUGUACAAAGCCACAGAUUGAAUCACAGUAAAUUAUUAUUUGAUGGUCUCAACAAACCGUCUUGAUGGCUGUCUCCUCCUGCCAGAGGCUGCUGCUGCUGGUGCUCUGGGAGGAUCGCUGGUGGGGAUGGCGGGGAGGGAAGGGUGCUGAGGUUUGCUCUCCAUGGACCAAGGGCAUGCUGGAGACUGCGAAG